UCCCUUUCCCCCUCCUUCCACAUUCCAAUCUGGAUGUUACUGUAAACUGCAACUGCGACGUUGAAGCGAAAACAUUGGAUAGCGACGAUAGUUCUUUUUCCUGCCAUUUCUUGAUACCCAACUUAUACAACGAACACCGAGAAUCGACCUUCUCUCUGACUACCUCCAAAUAACACCACACCAAAAACCUCAACUUUCACCACCAACCAACCUUGUACAACACACAACGAUCAUCAACACACCUCAAACCACCUCUACCACAUCAGAAGCAACCAACCAACCAACCAACCUAACAACAACAACACAACAACACCCCAGGAAAACCUACAAACAACAUGUCUUCAACAAAAACCGCCGCUCCUUCCAGCAUCAUCACCUCCGCCCCCUACUCCGACCUCACCGAAACCCUAACCAAGUCAUCCACGUCUUCUACCUCCCCCGUCACCACCAGAAGCAAAUCGCACUCGCAAAGCUCAACCUCCUCCUCCUCCUCAGACGCCUACGCCCAAAGAGCCAUGAACCACACUUCGACAUGGCAACCCAAGCUCGACCGCCGACAGAGCUGGUCGCAGGAACAGUACAAGCAUGAAAUGCAGCUGAGGAGCGGAUCAACAGGCGGGAGCGUGAGGAAGGUUGGGGAGGAGGGGUUUACUGAGGGGGGACAUGGGUAUUGAGACCGAGAGAAAUUGAGGACGGUGGUGAUUGAUGAAGAUGGUGAUGAUGAUUGAAGGUGAUUGGGGGUGGAAAACGGAAUCCGUCACGAUUGAGGGGAAAUGAUCGAUCCCAGGAUGACAGACUGACAUACUGUCUGUCUCUCUUUGGUGAUAUCAGCAUCGACAUUGGACAACAUACAAGACAUGAUGAUCCAAGUUCUCGGCACGCGUCACAGUACAGCACGACACAACAAGACACAACGCAACGGAAGUUCGUGGAAUGGAAAUGGCAUUGGAUUCAGCAUGUUGGCGCGGGAUGAAUCGGAAUCGGUUAACAUAUGCCAUUGACCGUACCUUAUUCCUUUUUUUUUUCUCUUUUCAAAUUUUUUUUUCUUUUCUUCACCCUACAAAAUGGCGACAGAAGUUGGGAGGCACUAGUCACACGGACGAACCCGAAUGGCGAGUUGAGGAGGGGACGGGAAAACGGGGGGUGGGGGUCAUGAAAUGACGUACUUUGUACUACUAUCACGAGCUCUAAACGGUGUUACCUUAGCAGGCGCCUGUCUGUAUAGUUAUUGUAUGAUUCAACAUUCGCUACAAUUCAUCACCUUCCAAAGGCC